GCAGCCUCGGAGCGUGCAGCCGCGGAUCCUCAGCUCUGAGUGCCACCACUUCCUGGGACUACACCAUUCAGAGCCAUGAAGACCAAGAGCCGGCCUCCCCGGCGCCAGGCCAGGGACACGGAGACCCCCUCUGCGGAGCGCAUGUCCGACGCGCCCCAGGAGGGCCCAGGGCCGGAGCUGAAGGGGCUCCGGAGCAGGGCCCCCCGGGGAACUGCAGGGGCGCGGGCUGAGGGCGGAGGACGACGCAGGCCAGGUCCCAGCGGCAGUGGCCGGCGGGAGAGCAGCAUCCAGCGGCGCCUGGAAAGCAAUGAGCGCGAGCGACAGCGCAUGCACAAGCUCAACAACGCCUUCCAGGCGCUGCGCGAGGCCAUCCCGCACGUGCGGGCCGGCAAGAAGCUCUCCAAGAUCGAGACCCUCACGCUGGCCAAGAACUAUAUCAAGUCGCUCACCGCCACCAUCCUGACCAUGUCCAGCAGCCGUAUCCCAGGCCUCGAGGGGCCGGGCCCUGCGCCAGGCCCCCGGCUCUACCAACAUUACCAGCAGCAGCAGCAAGCGGCCAGCGGCCAGCCCGGUGCCGCCGAGGCUCAGCCACAGGGUCACCUGCACAGGUACUCCACGCAGAUCCACAGCUUUCGGGAGGGCACCUAGACUGGUGGCUGGCUGGCUGGCUGGCUGGCCGACUGGCCGGUCCACCCCAGCCCUGCCCUCUGUCCUUUCGUCCUACCAGCCCCACACUCCUGCCCCAGCGCCCCUUCCUUCCCCCAUUGCCUGAAGGGCAGCACCUACAGCCGUCCUCCCGGACCAGCGAGGGCAGAGUGAGGCCGGACCUGCGGGUUCUGGGAGGGGCCCUUGGUGGACUAGGCCUCAGCUUUGCAGACUGAAUUCUCUCGACUGCCACCCCUCCCUGGCAGGAACCGGUUCCAGGAAGCAGCUUGCUGCUGCCCAGAGGCCUGAGAACCCCGCCUGGGGGAGGGGCUGUCCCACCUGCACCGCACACAGCACGUGGUGAACUGAGGACCGAAGCCCUCUAAGCAAAGCCCAAGUCCUCGGUGGGGGUGUGUGCAGCAGCUGCAGAGGUUCGUCAGAGGAUGGGCACAGUGGGCCAGCACCCCCGAGGCUGGAUGUCCCCACGCUGCCCACGUGAGCUUGUCAGGGCCAGGAAUGCCCCAGACACUCUAGCACGCCCUCCCACCGGAGUUGGGUUGGCCCAGGACUGGCAGCGGGCCUCAGCAUGUUCCUGGGUGACAGGGUGGAUUGGGGAGAGGGCAGGGAAGGGCCUGGCAAGAAGAGGCCUAGGGGUGCCUGGAGCUCCCCUCCCCCAACCCGGGGCAGCCUGGCAGGCCCUGCUGCCCUGGCUCCGGCUUCCUGCUGUCGGGGCGUUCCGGGUCCACUGCUCUGUCAGCCCCGGCCCCGUGCUGUCAGCUUGGCUGGCAUUUCUCCUCCUCAUCCCCCUGCCUGGAGCUGUGCCAGAGGCCCUCGGGGCAGGACCCUGCGGACCUGGGGAGCAGGGAAGCCAGUCUGGGGUUUAGGGGUGGGAGUGAGUGGUGGCACAGACAGGCUUGGGGUGAGCCCUGGCCACACACACACAGGGCAGCUGCAGCGCGCUCCUGAGGGUGGAGACCCCAGGCCUUCGUUGGGGUGAGCCAGGACUUCUGUGGGCAUCAGCGGACAGUGGAAGCCCCCAGGAACUGGGGGACAUCCAGUCCUGACGGGAGCUUAACAGAUCCUGCCUGGUGACAGCUUCAGGGCGAACUGGGCAAGCUGGCCAGGCCUGUGGCUGGUCCCUCUCCAUCCUGGUCCUGGAUCCGCGCCCAGGCUGGCCUGUCCCCCGCCCUCCGCUGGCCUGCAGCCCCUGCCUGCCCAGGACACCUGCGGGCCAAGCGGGGGGUGGUCCCA